UUCUCUUAAGAGUUUUUUUGUUUCAAUUUCAAUGGAGUGGGUUCGAGGAGAAACAAUCGGAUUCGGAACUUUUUCUACCGUCAGUGUAGCGACAAAUACUAGAGACUCCGGCGACAUCCCGGCGAUCAUGGCCGUGAAGUCGUCAGUUUCUUACGGCGCCGCUUCGCUUUCGAACGAGAAAUCGGUGUUGGAUUCACUCGGCGAUUGCCCUGAGAUCGUACGAUGUUACGGUGAGGAUCUAACGGUGGAGAACGGAGAAGUGAUGCAUAACUUGUUGUUAGAGUACGCUUCAAGAGGAAGCUUAGCGACUCAUGUUAAGAAACUUAGCGGUGAGGGUUUACCGGAGUCUACCGUACGCCGCCACACAGGAUCGGUGCUUCGAGGGUUACGUCACAUCCACGCAAAAGGGUUUGCUCACUGCGAUAUAAAACUCGGGAAUAUUCUGUUAUUCAACGACGGCGCCGUUAAGAUUGCCGAUUUCGGGUUGGCGAGGAGAGUUGACGGAGAUUUAACGCCGUUAAAAAAAGGUGUGGAGAUUAGAGGGACGCCGUUAUAUAUGGCGCCGGAAUCUGUUAAUGAAAACGAGUAUGGAUCAGCGGCUGACGUGUGGGCGUUAGGAUGUGCUGUAGUUGAGAUGUUUAGUGGCAAAACGGCGUGGAGUGUUAAAGAAGGAUCACACUUCAUGUCGCUUUUGAUACGUAUCGGUGUUGGUGAUGAGUUACCGAAGAUUCCAGAGAUGUUGUCGGAAGAAGGAAAAGACUUUUUGUCGAAGUGUUUUGUUAAAGAUCCUGAGAAAAGAUGGACGGCUGAGAUGCUUUUAAACCAUUCGUUCGUAGCCAUUGAUCUUGAAGAUGAUCACCGAGAAGACUUCGUUGUGAAGUUUAAGGAAGAGGAAAAAGUAUUGAUGUCUCCAAAGUGUCCUUUUGAGUUUCAUGAUUGGGAAUCUUCUACAUCGGAUUCACACACGUCGUUGGAUUCUCCGGUGGAGAGACUUGGGAGUUUGACAAGUAGUUCGAGCCCUGAUUGGUCUGUCGACGGGAGUUGGGUCACGGUCCGGUGACGGGAGUGGUAUAAAAACAGAGGAAAACAGAGUUGAAGGCAAAGGCUAGGUUUUUUUUGUUACACCUAGUUUUAGACCCAAGUUUAUCGAUUCUUAUUUGUAUUCUUUAUGUGUUAUCGAUUUGUUAAUACAAUUCAUUGUAGUUU